CUAACCAGAUCACAGUCUCUUUGAGAACCAAGCAAAAAGUCCAAAAGCAAGGGGUAACUAAAAAUUCACUGUUCCUAAUAUUUAGUUCACAUAUAACUCCAAACCUUCAAAACCAAAUCACUCUCUCUCUCUCAAGAUGGGAACCUCAAUCUUAGACGCGCUGAAUGUGCGCGUAGAAGGUUCCGGCGACAAGUACCUUGUCUUGGCCCACGGUUUCGGCACCGACCAAUCCGCCUGGCAGCGCGUCCUCCCUUACUUCACCCGCCGCUACAGCGUCAUCCUCUACGACCUCGUGUGCGCCGGCAGCGUCAAUCCGGACUACUUCGAUUACCGCCGUUACACCUCCCUUGACGCCUACGUCGAUGACCUCAUCGGAAUCCUUGACGCUCUCCGCGUUACUCGCUGUGCCUAUGUCGGUCACUCCAUCUCCGCCAUGAUCGGAAUGCUUGCUUCCAUCCGCCGCCCCGAACUCUUCUCCAAGCUCAUCCUCAUCGGCGCCUCCCCUCGGUUCUUGAACGACAAGGAUUACCAUGGAGGAUUUGAGCAAGGUGAAAUUGAGCAGGUGUUUUCGGCAAUGGAGGCCAACUACGAGGCGUGGGUGUGUGGUUUCGCGCCGCUGGCAGUGGGGGCGGAUGUGCCGGAGGCAGUUAGGGAAUUUUCUAGAACACUCUUCAACAUGAGGCCGGACAUAACGCUUUUCGUAUCGAGGACGGUGUUCAACAGCGACCUUCGGGGUAUCCUAGGUUUGGUGAAGGUCCCCUGUUGCAUCAUGCAGACGGCGAGGGACCACUCGGUUCCGGCGACGGUGGCCACGUACAUGGAGGAGCACCUUGGUGGACCUAGCAUGGUGGUUUGGCUCGACACCGAGGGGCACCUCCCUCACCUCAGUGCUCCUUCCUACCUUGCUCGACAGCUGGAUAUAGCUCUCAAUUCUCCUUAGCGGCGGCGCGUGAAGUACAAGUACGCGCGUGAAGGUUGUUGGUUUAGUUUUGAUUUAACAGUGUAGAGUGAGGAAAACGCUGAUGUGGUAGUUAAAAGACGUAGGUACUAGCUAGGCAGAAAAAGAAGAAAAGACAAGAGGUUUGGGUGUGGACACGUGGCAAAUAACGUAUGGAUCUUUGUUUGGGAGGGUCUUAUUGUGGGGAUUAAUUAAGGGUGAAAAUUACGUGUAGUUCUGUUAAUAUACCGUUUAUAGUAGAAAAUAUAGUGGACUAAAAAUAUUAUUUGACAAUUUUUAAUUACAUGAAGAUAAUAAAUUUAGACCAUAAUUGAUUUUUU